AAGAAUCCACGUCGAAAGACAACGCUUCUCCUCCAAACCUUCUGGUGAAGACAGAGAGUUUGUCCCUUCUCAACACACUCUUCCGGUCGUCGACGCCGGUGAAAUACUACCGGAUAAACGGAAGAGAAGGGUUUUUAACUGAGUAGUCGCACUUAUGGGAAAGAGUGCGGCUGAGAUGUUGGUUGAAGAGAUGCAGAGCCGUGCAGUUAAUAUUACUCCGGUGGUGUUCAAUACUUUGAUUAAUGGUUACUGUAGAAAAGGGAGUAUCGAUGAUGCAUUAAGGAUUUAUGAUGUGAUGGAGAAGAAAGGGUUUCAAGCUGAUGCUUUUACUGAUAACACGGUUGCUAGUUGUUUAGUACUGCAAGCUAAGGAUAUUAAAGGAAGCACGGAAACUAAGGACGAAAUGGAAGACAAGGGGAUGGUUCCGGUUUCAUAUUCUUACACGUCGCCCGUACUCGGGGAAUUCGUUUCUGGUAAUGUGGAUGACGCAACAAGGCUCUUUGAUGAAAUGGGUUCAAAGGGUUUAGUCCAGAACGUUGUAAGGUAUACCACAAUGAUCUCAGCAGGGAGACUCGCGGGAAAAGAAGCUGCAUACUUUUUCCAAGAAUCCAAACACGCCGUUAAUCGUCUCGCCGAGAAAUCUCCGGCCACCGGCAAAAAGCUUCCAUCUUCUCCGGCUGAUCCACCGGAAAUUCAACCUGACGUUCUUCCGGAGAUUCUACGCCACUCUCUUCCUUCUAAAAUCUAUGGUCGUCCACCUGAUCCUUCGUCUCUCUCCCAAUUCUCCAAAUGGGCUCUUGAAUCCGACCCAAACGCUUCAGUUUCUAUUUCCCCUGACGUCUUGAAUCCUCUCAGAGGUUAUGUAUCUCUGCCUCAGGUCACAUUCGGACGCAGAAGAUGGGAUCUACCAGAAUCUGAGAAUUCGGUUUUGGCGUCAACAGCUAAUGAAUUGAGGAGAGACAGAUACGGCACUCCUCUCAAUCCUGAGAAAUUGAAAGCUGCUGGUGAAGGCCUUCAACAUAUUGGAAAAGCAUUUGCAGCCGCUACUGUUAUCAUCUUUGGCUCAGCCACAUUGGUUUUUGGAACGGCAGCCUCGAAACUUGACAUGCGUAAUACCGAUGACAUAAGAACGAAAGGCAAAGAUCUUUUUCAGCCAAAACUGGAGUCGAUGAAGGAACAAGUAGAGCCCUUAAGAACUUGGGCUGGAAACAUGUCGAAGAAGUGGCAUAUCGAGAAUGAAGGUGGUAGUACUAUGAAGGAGAAACCAAUCUUGAAGGAGCUUUCGAAAAUUCUGGGACCUAAAUCUUAAAAGGCUGAGACUGUGGAUAACAUGUGUAGAGAAAACCAAACAGGAAGUUCUAUAUGUAUGUAAGAUGGAAUAAGAUCUUCUUAGGUAAAAUAUCAAAUUGUGCUGUAAAAACAAAGAAGUUUCAAAUUUCAGUGUUGCUAUAUAAAUGUUGUAUCGAGUGAUUAAGUUUUGUAUAAUAAAGUUUCAAUAUUUGA